AUGGUUUAUAGAGGUUUUGGAUUAGAAUACAUAAAUCCCCCAGAGCAUGCCAACAAACCGUUCAGUGAAUUAACACCUGAACAACAAGGUGAAAGAGGUGCUGAGAUGAUGGUCAACUUUAUGACAUCAUGUCCUGGUAAAUCAGUCAUUAGUGGUGUUACAGGUUUUGCACUUGGGGGUGUCUUUGGACUUUUUAUGGCUUCCAUGUCAUAUGAUACACCACUACAUGUACCGUCUGCAAGUGGAAUGAAUGCUAUUCAAAAGAUGGCAGAGUUACCUUUGAAACAACAGAUUAAGUUACAAUUUGCAGAUAUGGGUAAGAGAGCCUAUUCAAGCGCAAAAAAUUUUGGUUAUAUUGGUAUGAUAUAUUCAGGUGUGGAAUGUGUAGUAGAAUCUACUAGGGCGAAAAACGAUAUAUAUAAUGGUCUUGCUGCAGGGUGUAUUACUGGUGGUGGAUUAGCUUACAAGAGUGGACCACAAGCUGCAUUAAUGGGUUGUUUAGGUUUCGCAGCAUUUUCGGCAGCUAUUGACCUAUACAUGAAAAGUGAGGAUGGGAAACCACCAAAAAAUGAUUUUAAUGAAUGA